UCAAGGAAGCAAAGAGAAGCGUAAUAGUCGCCGCCUCUGAAAUUUUCUUGCAAGAUAUUUGAGAUCGUUCCGCGUUUUAUAUCAGGUUCGAGCCAUAUAAACCUUCUCUCUCUCUCUUUCUUUCUUUCAUGUUUUGGUAAUUUUUCUUUCUAUUUUUCUAUUUUUCUCUCCAAUCUCCGAAUAAGAAGUACCCGAAAAGUAGUCGAUUACUUCUUUUUGGGUAAAUCACCUAUGACUUAGAUCUUGAUCUGAUUUUUAACAAUCGGAGGAUAAUUUCGGCUUCAUAUUGCUCUAAUCAGUGGUCUGAUUCAAAGAUCUGACGGUUAGUUAAAUCAUCGACAUGAGCCGUCCACAAGAACCACACCAGCCUUUCUUCCAUUUUGGGAAUCCUUUCCGAAGGUUAUCACCGAAGGGUUCUCAUCUGUCUCGAAAGCUUCUUUCACUGUUGAACAAUUUUGAGGAAACAUUGGCAGGGAGGCUGGAAAAGCUAAAUCCAGAUGACAAGGAAGAAAUCCUUAGCUUGUCAUGGAUGAAAUCCGCAAUGGAGUCGCUUUGUGAAACUCAUAAUGACAUUAAAAAACUCAUAACCGACCUUGAUCUCCCUGUUUCUGAUUGGGAUGAGAAAUGGAUAGAUGUGUACUUGGACAUCAGUGUGAACUUGCUUGAUAUAUGCAUUGCAUUUAGCUCUGAGCUAUCCCGGCUGAACCAGGGAAACCUCUUGCUUCAGUGCGUGCUGCACAAUUUGGAACCCACCUGUUCAAAACCCUUUAUCCGUGCCCGUUCUUCCCUUGAUAGCUGGAGUCGUCAUAUCAGUUCAAAGAACCCCAGAGUUGAAAACUGUUGCACCAUUUUGGACAAGCUUGUGGAGUCAAUUGAUCUUCCCAAGGUUAAGAAUUCAGCCAAGGGGAAGGUUUUGAUGAGUGCUAUGUAUGGAGUUAAGGUGCAGACGAUAUUUGUCUGUAGUGUCUUUGCAGCCGCCUUCUCAGGUUCUCCGCAAAAGUUGAUAGAUUUGGCUGUUGCUGACAAAUAUGUAUGGGCACAAGUGUUUACCUGUCUGCAGACUAGCAUUAAUGUGGAAAUUAGAAACAUGUUUUUGGGUGGAAGAUUUACAGUUUUGAAGGAGCUUGAAGCGGUUGAUACAAGUGUCAAGAAAUUGCAUCCCAUGAUCCAAGAUGGGGAUGACCCCGUUGAAGCAGAAGCAUUCCAGAGUUCUGUUUCAGAUUUGGCAAUGAGAGGGGAGAAACUUUCACUAGGACUAGAUCUACUUACAAAGGAAGUGGAUAGCUUUUUCCAAAUAGUUUUAACUGGGCGUGAUGCUCUGCUUUCUAACUUAAGAUUAACUGUUACUGACUCUGACACAAAGCUUGGGGCAAUGUAUUAGAACGAGUUCUGAGUCGAUGAAGUUGGAACUAAACCCUUUACGGCAUUCAGAUGGGCUUAGGUGUGGGGUUUUCUGUUUUCUUAUUACUGAUGAUAGUAUACCAUCUUGUUUUGCAGCUUUUUGGUCUUUGUAUUAAGUAUGGUGUGAGUUACAAGGUAUGUUGUAUUACAGUACUGCAGAUCUGUAAAUGUAUGAUGUACUGCCUAAUAUCAUCAUCAUUAUUAUAUAAAAGGCUGGUAUUGUUUGG